CAGCGUCCGGGAAGCCCGCAGGAGAUCGCGGCGGUAGCAGAGCUAUGGGCCGCCGCUCACAGGCUUCGUGGGUCGGCGCUGGCCGCUGGACGGGCGCAGCCGAGCCGUGGAUGAACUCCCGCGCCCUGUGUGCGCCGCUCCCACCUGUCCCCUUUCUCUUUUUGCUGUUGCUGGCAGCUCCGGGAGCUCGGGCUGCGGGAUACGAGACAUGCCCCAGAGUGCAGCCAAACAUGCUCAACGUACACCUAGUGGCCCACACACAUGAUGACGUGGGCUGGCUCAAGACGGUGGACCAGUAUUUCUAUGGCGUCAAGAAUAGCAUCCAGCACGCGGGUGUGCAGUACAUUCUAGACUCAGUUAUCUCUGCUCUACUGGCUGAGCCCACCCGACGCUUCAUCUAUGUGGAAAUUGCUUUCUUCUCCCGUUGGUGGAACCAGCAGACAAAUGCUACGCAGGAAAUUGUGAGGAAACUGGUGCGCCAGGGCCGCCUGGAGUUUGUCAAUGGUGGCUGGGUGAUGAACGAUGAGGCCACCACUCACUACGGGGCCAUCGUGGACCAGAUGACACUUGGGCUGCGCUUUCUGGAAGACACUUUUGGCACGGAUGGGCGUCCCCGUGUGGCCUGGCACAUCGACCCCUUUGGCCACUCUCGAGAACAGGCCUCCUUGUUCGCCCAGAUGGGCUUCGAUGGCUUCUUCCUAGGGCGCAUUGAUUAUCAAGAUAAACAGUUGCGGGAGGACAGUCUGGAGAUGGAGCAGGUGUGGAGGGGCAGCACCAGCCUGGAGCCUCCCGCUGCUGAUCUCUUCACUGGUAUACUCCCCAACAUGUACAACCCACCGCAAAACCUGUGCUGGGAUAUGCUGUGUGGAGACAACCCUGUGGUGGAGGAUCCCCGCAGCCCUGAGUACAAUGUCAAGACACUGGUCACAUACUUCCUGAAGGUGGCCACUAACCAGGGCCAGCACUACCGCACCAACCACACUGUGAUGACCAUGGGCUCAGACUUCCAGUAUGAGAACGCCAACCUGUGGUUCAAGAAUCUUGACAAGCUCAUCCGACUGGUCAAUGCUCAGCAGGCAAACGGGAGCCGGGUCCAUGUCCUCUACUCCAGCCCUGCUUGUUACCUGUGGGAGCUGCACAAGGCCAACCUCACCUGGUCGGUGAAAAAGGACGACUUCUUCCCGUACGCCGACGGCCCGCACAUGUUCUGGACCGGCUUUUUCACCAGCAGGCCGGCCCUCAAACGCUACGAGCGCCUCAGUUACAACUUCCUGCAGGUGUGCAACCAGCUGGAGGCGCUGGCGGGCCGUGAGGCCACCCUAGGACCCUACGGCCGGGGAGACAGUGCGCUCCUUAAUGAGGCAAUGGCGGUACUCCAGCACCACGACGCGGUCAGCGGCACAGCCAAGCAGCACGUGGUGAACGACUAUGCGCGUCAGCUGGCGGAAGGCUGGGGUCCCUGCGAGGUUCUCCUGAGCAACGCGUUGGCAUGGCUCAGCGGCUCCAAGCUGGCCUUCUCGUUCUGCCGCGAACUCAACAUGAGCAUCUGCCCGCCCAGCCAGAAGUCGGCGAGUUUCCACGUCGUCGUUUACAACCCCCUGGGGCGGAAGGUGGAUCAAAUGGUGCGACUGCCAGUCAGCAAGGGUGUUUUCCUCGUGAAGGAUCCCAAUGGCAAGACUGUGCUCAGUGAUGUGGUGGUAGUUCCCAGCUCUGACCCCCAGGAGCACUCUCCGGAGCUGCUGUUCUCAGCCUCAGUGCCUGCCUUGGGCUUCAGCAUCUACUCAGUAACCAGGAUGAAUCAAAUGAUGCCCCAGGCCCCUCCUCCAAAUUCUGCUCCCCACAAGUCCCAGUACCGUUCCUUAGCAAUUGAAAAUGAGUACAUUAGGGCCACAUUCGACCCUGACACCGGGCUCUUGAAAGAGAUCAGUAACAAGGACAAGAAGCUCCUGUUACCCGUGAGCCAAGCCUUCUUCUGGUACAUUGCCAGUGCAGGUGAUGAUAAAAGCCGGCAGUCCUCUGGGGCCUACAUCUUCAGACCUGAAGAACAGAAACCAUUUCCUGUGAGCCGCUGGGCUCAGAUCCGCCUGGUGAAGACAGCUUUGGUGCAGGAGGUACACCAGAGUUUUUCAGCCUGGUGUUCCCAGGUGGUUCGCCUGUACCAGGGACAGCGUCACCUGGAGCUGGAGUGGACAGUGGGGCCGAUACCUGUGGGUGAUGCCUGGGGGAAGGAGGUCAUCAGUCGCUUUGACACACCAAUGAAGACAAACGAGUACUUCUAUACAGACAGCAAUGGCCGGGAGAUCCUGAGGAGAAGGCGGAAUUAUCGACCCACCUGGGCCCUGAAGCAGACUGAGCCUGUGGCGGGAAACUACUACCCUGUCAACACUCGAAUUUACAUCAAGGAUGGGCGCAUGCAGCUGACAGUGCUGACCGACCGCUCCCAGGGGGGCAGCAGCCUGACAGACGGCUCACUGGAGCUCAUGGUGCAUCGAAAGCUGCUGAAAGAUGACGACCGUGGGGUAGGGGAGCCCCUGCUGGAGAAGGGGUCCGGAGAGGUGGUGCGAGGGCGCCACCUCGUGCUGCUGGACAGGGUGGAUUCGGCAGCCGCCGAGCACCGGCUGCUGGCGGAGAGAGAGGUCCUAGCCCCGCAGGUGGUACUGGCCCCAGCUGACGGCGCCCGCUACCGCCCCCGGGCCACCCCAAUCAAGCAGUUCUCGGGACUGCGCCGCGAGCUGCCGCCCUCGGUGCACCUGCUCACGCUGGCCCGCUGGGGCCCCGACAUGCUGCUGCUGCGCUUGGAGCACCAGUUCACAGCGUGGGAGGACUCGAGCCGCAACCUGAGCGCCCCUGUGACCGUGGACUUGCGGAAUCUGUUCUCCACUUUCGCCAUCACCCACCUGCAGGAGACCACGCUGGCGGCCAACCAGCCCCGUGCCAGUGCCUCCAGGCUCCAGUGGACACCCAACACCGGUCCCACUCCCCACCCUGCCCCCUCCACGCUGGACCCAUCCUCCAUCACGCUGCAGCCCAUGGAAAUCCGCACCUUCGUGGCCUCAGUGCAAUGGAAGGACAGCAAGACCCGUUCCAAGGCCCGCUUCAGUAGCUGAGCCCCAGCUCUGGGGGAAGGGCAGACUCCCUUCUCAUGCUGCUCCUGCCUCCUCCAGCUGCCCUUAAGAUGCCACUGCUGCCCGGCACCAGUAAUCCCAGCAGCUCCGGAGUCUAAGGCAGGAGGAUUGCAAGUUCAAAGCCAUCCUUAGCAACUUAGCAAGGUCCUAAGCAACUUAGACCCUGUUUCAAAAUAAAAAUAAGUUUUAAAAACUGGGCCCGGGAUAUAACUCAGUGAUUAAGUGCCCGCAUUCAAUCCGUGAUACAAAAAAUACACACCUAAA